CUCGCCGACGCGGUAGACAGUUCUUCUUUCUUCGGUCCUCCCAGAGAAACAGACGCAGGAUUCGUCCUCUUUCGACCCUAUUAUAGCGGAAAGUGUCCAGCAAGUUUUCUCCCCCCGAAAAAAAACAGCCAAAAUGAAAUUCCUUAUCAUGACCAUCUGCCUGUUCGUGCUGGCGUUCGCCCUGACGGCGGCCCUUCCUGCCGUGCACGACGAGGGUAUCUUCGGUGACGAUGGAACCGCGGACGACACCCUCAACCCCCAGGACCCGCAGGCCUUCCUGCUGAAGAAGCUGCUGCUCAAGAAGAAAUUGCUGCUGCUCGGUUAAGAAGAAGCUUUAUCCCCCCCCCCCCCCCCC